ACUUUUAAUUCUUUCUUUACAAAAGCAGAAUUGAAAAUCUGCGGCGUAGUUAGCUUAAGUGAGGGAUAAUGUGGGACGCUUUGCUAACAAAUUUCAAUAUAAAUCAUAUUAUUAGUCUCCAAUUUUUUCCAAUUUCAAUCGUUCGCUUACUUCUUCAGUCUAACUUACUCGCUCCUCUUUUUAAUGGAGGCGACCAAGACUGCGGCACAUUCCAACUAGAACUGAACUAAUGCACUGUUACUUGUAACGUCACGUCACAUAUCCGAUAUGAUGACUGCAAAUAUGAAUUUGAGACCAUAUAUUGCUUCAUCUUGUGAAGCUUUUUGCAUCAUUGAUAAGAAGACGGACAACAAGUUAUCUUCAGCUAGAAAUUAUUACACAGUAAAGCAUACACAGUCUGUUUCGCAAAUUAUCCAAUAGAUGUUUAGUUCAGUUUUUGAACCAACGAAACUAAUUCUAAUUUCCGCUUCCGCACUGGUCAGCUGAACAUUGAAUAGCGUCAUUCAAAAUAUGACCCCAUUCUCACGUGUAGCUCCUCCUCCAGUUGCUGAUUAUCCAGAAAACGACUCAUCAAAAUUCCCCAAUACGGUCGUUAAUUGCCACACGAUAUUACUAAAUGGGUUAUGAAGGCAAAUUUCAACUGCUUUUACUCUUUUUCUUUACUCUCUUUUCAAGCUCCUCACUUCAAACAUUCAACACCAUGCCUACUAUGCUUUGCAGUUGAAUGACGAGUAUGAAAUUCCCCUUCUUCUCAGUGCUUCAUGUUCAAAUUUCUCUUAGACAUACGCGGAGAUGGAAUUGCAAAGGCCCAGAAGAACAGUUAAAUUUAAUCAAAUUCAAUCUGCCACAAUUUACAUUUUCAAUUAAUCUCCAUAAUCAAUCACGGGGCGAUAAAGAAGCCCUCGAACAAAUUCCUACACAAAUAUUUUUCUUCCUUUUCUUGUUAACCUCCGAUUUCCACAAUCUAACCGCAUAAAUAAUUCAUUCGCAACAAGUUAUCCUAAACAGAAAAUCAACAAAAAAGCAUUUCAGUUGGCGCUACUUUUGAACUUAGUUACUGUAAUAUGGCAUAGCAUAUCCACACUAAGUUAAUCUACUAUAACAAAAAAAAAUAGAUAACGAUCGAACGAUUCUUCUAAGAUGACUAUUGGUUACUUCCGAUUGUAUUACGUAACUAGUGUAUUGUGCGCUUUGGUUGGUAUUCGGUUGGUCAGCAGUAAGCAUGCCGUGAGUAAGAUGCUGGAUUACAUCAUCUCAGACCAGCCGGACGAGUACGGGGCCAUCCGAUACGACAAAACCCUUCGACCCAACUUUGGAGGCGACGGAGUCCCGGUGGGAAUCACGAUGAACAUCGACAGUCUGGGUCCGAUAGAUGAGGUGAACAUGAACUUCCGGGUGGACAUCUCGUUCAGACAGUACUGGCGGGACAGCAGACUUAACUUCAGCAUCUACCCUGGCAACCAGUUCAACCACAACCUCACCCUCUCCCAUUCAUUCCUCACCCGCAUAUGGGUGCCAGAUACCUACUUUCCAGACUCACUCAGGGCGUUCAAGCAGGACGUGAUGGUUCCGAACGUGUUGAUCAGACUGUCCCCAGAUGGCAAGAUCCUCUACUCCUCCCGAGUGACAGUGAUCGCCAAGUGUCCCAUGGACCUACACUACUUCCCAAUGGACUCACAGACGUGUACUCUGAUGGUGGAGUGCUAUGGGUACACGUCGAAGGACCUCAACCUCUACUGGUAUGUGGGGGACGACAGUGUAGACAACACCAUCCGCAAACUGGCCCAGUUCCACCUGGAGUACUUCACCCUCGAGGAAGAAACACUACACUUCUCGACUGGAUCCUUCUCGCAGCUGCGAGUGCUCUUCCACUUCAAGAGAGACCUGCUCUACUUCAUCCUGCAGAGCUACGUGCCCUCAACUUUCAUCGUCAUGUGCUCCUGGGUCGCGUUCUGGAUCAACAGGUCCGGCAUACCCGGAAGAGCCUGUCUGUCCAUCACCACCGUCCUUAGCUUGAUCACUCUAAUUGGUUCCACGAACGCGAAGCUGCCCAAUGUGUCUGCAGUGAAGGCACUGGACGUGUACUUUGGCAUUUGCUUCGUCUAUGUCUUCGGGGGACUCCUCGAGUUCGCCACUGUCAUCUAUCUCGAGACGAAAGAGAACAAACUCAGCGCCCAACGCAAGGCUAAGGAGGAGGAGUCCCGGAAGUAUCGGGAGAAGAUGCAGAACACGACUGAGAAGCUGCUGCUGGACGAGAUAGAGACCAACUUCUCCCAAUCUAUUCCCAGGAGAGUGAGCAACGUCAACGACACUGUCGAACAUCAAGCACGGUCAAUCCUACUCGAGUACAAAUCCAUGAAACUAUCCGAGAACAUUUCCUCACUCAACACGGAGAGCAUACACUGUGGUGAUCUAAAUCAGGACGCCACAAACAGAAGGAUCAGUCGGGCCCCUUCUAAGUGGACAGCCUCCAGGAUAGAAAAGUACUCCCGGAUCCUAUUCCCCACCUCAUUCGUCAUGUUCCAGGUGCUGUAUUGGAUAUACUACAAUAUCAAAGAGAGCCACGAGAAAAACAAGUAGCCUCCUGUAGUUUUGAGUAGUAUCUUCAAGAUGCAGUAAUCUAGUAAAAACCAAAAUUCAAAGACUGUUUGAAAUUAUCUAUCCGGGCCUUGAUUCGACUAACGCAACAAAUAAAAACUCAUAACAAUUCUCAUUAAAAAAAAAGUUUCUUGGGUUUGAUCUGAAUAAUUUGAAUCGAAACUUGGCUCAAAAAUGUUCAAUGUUGUUGUAGGGAUAACUUAUCCGAAUGUUCUUUCUUACUAAUUGAUUUAUAAAAAAGAUUUCUACGAAACAAAAGAAUUUUUAAUAAACUUUAAGCAAAAAUUA